AAAUAUUCUGGCGAGUUCGUAUUUUCUUCUUAUUGUUUUAGAGAUGAAAUCUUGACGAAAAUUGAAUGUCUGGUCAAAAACAUGCUUGAAGAUCUUGCAAAUGGAAAACCAAUGAAGUUUGUUUUCAAUAAACGAGGACAUGAUGCCAGCACAAGAUUCAAUCAACGUGUUGGACUUCAGAUGGAAGAAGAUGCUCAAAUGACGGUUGUCUCUUUGGAAAAAGAAUGCUCAAUUAACAAGUUUUCUGUUAUGCUGAGAGCUUUAUCGCUCUGCUAUCAACUUCUGCAGACUGACAGCUAUACUACAAAACGGGAUUUAUAUUACACAGAUAAAAACAUUUUUGGGACUCAACAAGUGGUAGAUGAGGCAUUCAAUGACAUUGCUUGCAUGUUGCAAAUCCCGAGAAACUCUUUGCACGUGCUUGCAUCGCCAAAAGGCAUCGUCAUCGGCAACCUCGUUUUCAGAGACAAUGAUGACAAUUUCAUCGAUUGCAGUCAAAGUAGAAUGGGUACAAUGGUUCCAUCUCGCGUUGAUGAAAUUCAUGACUUCUACUCAAAAGCGAGGUUCGUGCUGCUGGUGGAGAAAGAAGCCUCUUUUCAAAAGCUUAAUGACAGCAAUGUGAUUUCAAAGCUUGGCCCAUGCAUUAUGAUAACGGCAAAAGGUUUUCCAGACAUCAAUACCAGGAUAUUCCUUAGGAAGAUUUGGGAGAAUUUGAAAAUCCCAAUCUUAGCUCUGAUGGAUGCUGAUCCACACGGCAUCGAAAUCAUGUGUGUUUACAGAUUUGGAUCAAAGUCACUGACCUUUGACUCUGAGAAUCUCACAUGUCCAUCCAUUCGUUGGCUGGGAGUUCUUCCUUCUGACAUUGAAAGAAUGGGCAUACCAUCGGAAGUAUUGAUAAAUACGACAGAUAGCGAUUUGAAAAAGAUGUCAGACUUACUAAAGCGUCCAUACAUCCAAAGUAACAGAGAGAUAAGCAAUCAGAUCGAAAGGAUGAUGGAUCAAAAACUCAAGGCUGAAAUAGAAUGUCUAGAGGCUGUUUCAACGACAUUUGCAACUGACAUAUAUUUGCCUUCUAAAAUAAGAAGUGGAGAUUGGCUGUAAACUUCACCAAAAAGCCCAAGAACAGACAUUUUUUUCUCUUAUAAUAACCAUCUUUUGAUUGAUUCUUUCCUUCUAAAUUUUGCAUAUUUUUCCCAUUAUUUAUUGAGUUGUUUCAAACCAAGCCUAGAUUUAACUUGCUGAUGAUUACAAAAAGCUGAAUCUUUCAUUUGCUUACAUAAGCAACUCAGUUUUUAUAUAGCUUUGCAAAAACCUAUGUAUUUUUAUCUUGAGUUUCUGUGAUUAAGUUUAAAAUAUAUAGGUUUCGUGACAUAGACCAA